UGUUAUUCGGUACUGGAAAUCAGCUAUGAGCCACAGGUACGUAGAUGGUGUCCUGACUUAUCCAAAAUCCGAACUGAAUUUGGAAGGUCCUGCACACGAGGAGUUCAGAGAAGUCACCACCUUAGAGCAACUAGAGGCCCUAGACACUGACUUCGAGUCAGUCCAACGUCAGUCUCUCCUCGUGAAGGAGAGGGUUUUAGGACCCGAUCAUUUUACUACAAUGCUAUAUAUCCGGGACGCAGGUCUCGACUACGCAAAUGACGGUGCUUUCAAACAAUGCAUCAACCUGUGGGUUCACGCUAUCGAAGUGCAAUAUUUCCGACUAAAACCACUCAACCACGCUAGGCUCUACCACUUCAAGUCAUUCUUGGGGCUGUUUUCAUCCCUGACGGACGCAGAGCAUCUAAGUAACUGGAAUUGUCAACCUAAUGAUUUUUUCGAUGAAAAAGGCGCGAGGGAAUUGAAUCUGGUUGUUUCCGAAUUAGAUCAAAGCGACAUUUCCGUGAAGAAGCUAAAUGAAUCACACCUUAACGAGUGUGUUGCAAUCAUCAUGCAUUUAUUAGUAUCGUUAACAAUGUUACAGCCACAGCUCUCGUCCUCUCAGAUACACACUUUCAAGAGUGCGUUGUAUCAACUACUGAAGAAGAAUCCAAGGGAUGCAGCGGGUCGGAGCCUUCUCCACAUCGCCUGCUGUAGAAGCUUUAAGCUCAUGGACGGGUUUUCAGUGCCGGUGUCUAGCACUCCUAGAAAGACAGUCAUCGACCUCCUGCUGGACACGGUGCAGAUCCUUGCGCCACCGACAGGAGGAGCAACACGCCCCUCCACACGCUUGCCAAAAAAUGAGGAUUGCUCCAAGGGCAUGGUCGAGUCACUUUUGCGAGCCGGUGCUCACUUAGACGCCAUGAAUAGCCGAAGGCAGACGUUCUGGUCACUGAGGGGUUCCCGGGGACCUGUUCUUUCUAAGGCAAAGGUGCUGAGUCACACCUCUCUGCAAUGCUUAGCUGCCACUUGCAUUCGGGAACAUGGGAUUCCUUAUAAGGGUAUCUUACAUCCCCGACUUGAGAAAUUUGUUGACAUGCACUAA